AUGUCCGUAUCUCAACCUGGAAUGAUCGAUGAAUACCCUCGAAUAAGCCCCAUCACGUCUUGGCUCUCAGCAAACAUGCCGGCCAGAUACUGGAAAUUGCUCUGGCUGUUCAGGGGCUCUGCCGUCCAUCCCACGACAGUCGUCCGAAAGCUGGUGUUCUGUCCAGAGGCUUUGACCUUACCGAAGCCUCUACCCACUCCGAGAGCCUUGCGCAAUGACGAAGAACUCGUAUGGAAGCGGUACGAUGGCAUCCACGCACUUCGAUACAUACGAAGGUUCCGUGAUCAUGACAAGCCGCUUCACUCGGUGUAUCGAAUGUGCGAAUUCAUCUGCUCAGACGAAGAAGACCAGCUCGUGACCGAGACCGACUACUUCUUGGCCAGAACGAAUUGGAGGCUGAAAGAUAUAGCCGAUCCAGAUGAGGACAAUCCCGAGCGACGUGCUCUUUUGGCUGCGACCAUCGAGUGUCUUGUCGACACAUUCAAUGAGAAACACGAUCUCGGAGUGACCCGUGAUGAUGCUGUUAUCCCAAGACAAGCGUGUCCGAGAUGGGUCAGGAAAGUGCCUGCAGUGAGCUUUCUUGACUUGGUCAAGGAAGAGGACGAGACUACUGCACAGUCAGCCGGACAGAAUGACCCUAUCUGGCCUUCCGAUCCUGCGUUCACCAUACAACAAGACAAUGGCCAUGGCGUCACUAGUAUCGAAUUCACUGGAUCUGACGUUUCUGACAAGUUGAAGCCUGUGUUCGCUUUGCAGGUCUGUACACCUGCUGGAGGUCAAGGUACUUGUCUCGACUCGGGCAGCAAUAAGCCUUUGGUGGAUACACUACCAUUGCACUAA